AUGGUAAAUGAUACCUUUAAAAUCCCUAAAAACUCCUUUACGGCCUUCCGAUUGACAUAUCUACCUGCUGAAGAGAUUUCAGAAACAUCCAAAUCAAUUUUAAUCGGCAAUUCCCCCUAUAUUUACGACAAUGAUCAAGGUCCAGGUUUAGUAAAAGGAACUGUUAGGAAGGCUAAACUGAAAGCCAGGCGAACUUUUGACAGUACUUUGGAUACCUUAACUAAAAGUGUUUACAGAGAUGAAAAUUUGACUCAUAAUAAAUAUCGAUUGCAUGAUCUGGGUCGAUUUGAUCAUAUAAUUAGUGAUAUUGAGAAUCUGUAUUUACAAGAUUCAAGUGAUUCUUCCGAUAAUGACGAUGUGCUGGUCACAGAAAUGGAAUGGAAUGAUUCUUUAGGAAUGAAUGAAACAGGUCGGAGGACUGUGGAUGAUGAAUCCACAGAAAGUACUCCGUCUUUGCCAACAUUGGAUUCUCAGUCAAUACAAAUCCCCAUGAUUUUAGAGCCUCCAUCAAUAGCCUCGUCCAUUGAAAGGGUAGACACCAAUUACACGUACGCUGAGGUGGAGUCUAAACUAUCCACAGCUCGGAAUGUCAAGUUUCGUAGUAAUUCAAGGCGAAAUAGUAGAAUUGAGAUUGCUCAUCCAGAACCUAUGAUCGAUAUAGCUUUAACUGACCGACAUUCUGUUCUUGAUGAACGGGAACAUCAUAAACUACGUAGAAGGUUUAAGGAUUUUGCCAAAUUCUCCACUGGCAAAGCCAAACAUCGUACUAAGGAUUUGAGAUAUAAGAUUUUUAAAGGUAUAAUGAAAACCUAUCAAGUAGGAGAAAUCAUCCUCAAAGAAAAGAUUCUUGUAUUGACCAAAUCCACCCUUCACAAUACUCAUCUCACCAAUUUUGAUGAAAACGAACCUUGUGAUACUCGAGUUCAAGAACAUUGGAGAGAGUAUGUGGCCCUUUUAAGAAAAUCCGAUCACAAUUCUAUUGUCAUACAGUUAUACAAGAGCUCUGAACGUCAAGAGAAACCUGAUCAUGAAUAUGAUUUGACAAGUAAGUUAUCUGCUAACUUCUAUAGUUUAGUAGAUAAGUCUAUCAGUUUGACAAUUCCUAGAGAUAAUUGGUGCCUAAUUCAUAUUUUGAAGUUCCACGAUAAUAUGAGGAGUGUUCGAUGGCUUUAUUUCAUCAAACAAGUAUUGGGAGAUGUUCUUGAUAGUACUUUUGAUAUCUUUAUCCCGGAGUUAAAAAUGAGUUUGAAUGUGAAUGUACCUGAAUCAGUGGUUCUUGAAUCCAUCAAGGAGAAACCAUUCUUGAAAAUCCAAAAAUUGGAGUCAGGGUAUACUGUUAAACAUACAGCAUUGAUCCAGCAUUUAUUUGAUUCUAUCAAGCAACAGAUUAUUCAAAGUAAAAAUCCUGACCUUUUACAAUGGUUAGAAAGUACUUCUAGACCAUGGUUUUGUUUCAAACAUUAUGAUAGGUUGGAGUGGAUUUUUGAUGAUAGUGAAAUCUUCUUUAUCAAGAAUCAAAUUUUCAAACCGAAGUUUAGGUUGGAGAUCAGAGAUAUGACCAAUAAACGGGUUAUAAGAUUUAAAGAUUUAACUCCCACAGCUCCAUUACCCAUAGAAGGUUUCUUAUCGAGACUUACGGAUAUCGGAGGUAACGAACAAAACAUGUUCCGGACUUUCUAUAAAUUAUCGUAUUUCCAUACCUGUGAUAAUCUUUUAUUCUUUACUCAGUUCUAUCGAGCUUUGACACCACGGAAAGUUACGUCCCUCGGUGAUGAGGUCUUUGAACAUUGUUCGUACCAAACUACAGAUAAAAACCAUAUUGAAUGGCUUGAAAGUUCAGACUUUGGUGAUUUGGAUAAAUCCGCAUUUGAAGAAUUUGAACGUAAAGCUCAAUUAGUGCUUAAAGCCGAUUCAGUCAUAGACCUUAACCAGGUGGUGAACAUAAGGAAAGUCCCAGCGGACGAACUUAAACUAGCACAUAAUCUUCUAUUUCAUAUGGCAUGGUAUGGAGAACCCACCAAAGCCGAAGAAACUUAUCUACUUGAUUCAGUGUUAGAACUUACCACUCUCAACGAAGGGAAAAUCAAGUUACAAGCACCCAAUCAGCAUUUGAGGGACAUUUGGUAUGAUAGACUUACAAGCAUUGCUGGAUAUUGGAAGAUACGUAAACAAGUAGAGGUUGAAAUGAUCAACGACACAAGAAAUCACAACUUGAAGAUUUUAAAUAUCGAUGAGUUUGUGGAUUCUAACAUAAAUCAAGAGACUGAGGCUUCAGAGCUUCAAAACUCAGUAGCUAAUCCUUUCCUCAAUACCAUAGAUAAUGUUUGCAUGAGUAACAGUUUAAUGAUAAGUGGAUAUCUUUAUCAGAAGUAUAAGAAACAUUCUGAUUUCAAUAAGUACUUUGUGGCAUUAAGUUCGGGUAACUUGAUUCUUUACUCGUUAUAUAAACGGUCUAAGAUCACUGGAGAAUGGAAACGAUCAUCGUAUUAUCGUCACCAUUUGACUAUCCCUUUAUAUGAUUGUUAUCUUUACUCGGGUAAUCAGACAUCGUUAGAUCUUUUGGAUAGACAAAAGGAAACGGAUUCUACUGACCCGGGAAAUAAGUCCCUACCAAGAAUCUAUGGUGAUGGAUGGAAGUCUCGUGAAGAGGAAUCCAUGAGAUGUUUUACUUUAUGGUUUGGAAGGAAAAGGUCCAUCACCAAGAAGAAUGAUAUUAAUUUAGAGCCCAAGAACCCCAACUUAAUCAAGAUGAUUAGGAAGUUGGGGGUCACAGGACGAAGCGUGGUUUUCAUGGCCAGAUCUAGACAGGAAAGAGAGUUAUGGGUAUCAAGAAUUUACACAGAGAUAAAUCGGAGCAGUGUGUUGUUCAAUGUAUAG